UCGAGGUCUCUGCUCUGGACUUGGGAGGCUCGGUGGCUUACUCCGGGAGGGGGACGCGCUGCAGAGGAGAAACACCGUCAGGAGAACAUUUCAGGAAUAGGCCUAUUCAGGAAUAGGUCAAGUGCUGAGAAGAUGAGUCUCAACGUUGAUUUGGAAACAAAUUUUGCUGAGUAUGUCCUCGAUGUAGGAAAACUCAUCCUCGGGACUCAGCAGAGGAGGGAAAUGGACCCUCAACUUCAGGAGAAACAAAAUGAAAUCAUCCUGCAAGCAAUAUGUGCUUUGCUGAAUUCUGGUGGGGGCAUGAUCAAGGCUGAGAUUGAAAAUGAAGACUACAGUUACGAAAGUCAUGGAGUAGGGUUGGAUUUGCCCCUGAUUUUCAGAGGCUAUUUAGAUGCGAUGCAGCAGGGAAAACUCUUUUUGAUUUUUGUGAAAUCAUGGAACACAGAGGCUGGUGUACGAGUUGCUACUUUGUGCUCCAAUUUGUACCACAGACAGAGAACAUCUACUGAUGUCAUGGGUUCUCCGGAAGCUCUGGCGUUCCUCAAAGGGAGGACUAAGACUCCCAUGAAUGUAAAUGAUUCCAAUUCGUUAGGGCCACAGGAAGCUCAGGGAGGUGCACAACAUGAAGGUUCCGUAGAGGCCUCGGCUGCUGCUUUAUUUGAUAGAGCACAGCUUCAGUAUCUGGAAAAACUCAACUUUCCUGAGUCCACACAUACCAAAUUUAUAAUGUUCUCAGCAAAUGUGUCACAAUGUAUUAAGGAGAGACUCCCCAAGUGUGUUUCUGCAUUCGCAAAUACUGAAGGAGGAUAUGUAUUUUUUGGUGUGCAUGAUGAGACCCGCCAAGUUAUUGGAUGUGAACAACACAAAAUAAAACUUACCACCUUGAGGGAUACUAUUAAUGGCUGUAUUAAGAAGUUACCUGUCCAUCAUUUCUGCGCACGGAGGUGUGGAAUACGAUAUGCCAUUAAAUUCCUUGAAGUACACGAUAAGGGGGCCCUCCAUGGAUAUGUCUGUGCGAUCAAGGUGGAGAGAUUCUGCUGCGCGGUGUUUGCCAAAGAUCCUAACUGCUGGCAGAUGAAAGACUGCCGUGUGAAACAGCUGGCCACAAAAGAAUGGGUAGCUUGGAUGAUGGAAGCCGACCCAGAUAUUUCCAGGUUUUCUGAGAUGGUCCUUGAGCUGAGUUUGUCAUCCGCCACACCCCGCAGCAGAGCUGUGUACACUCAUAAGAAUUUGGAAUGUCUGAAAGAACAGCGGAAACGUCGCUUUCCAGUAUUACCAGAUACAGUGGUAUAUACUCCGGAAAGCCUCUACAAGGAACUCUUCUCACAACAUAAAGGACUCAGAGAAUUAAUAAAUAAAGAAAUGCGCUCUGUCUCUCAAGGAAUAUUGAUUUUUUCUCAAAGCUGGGCUGUGGACUUAGGUCUGCAAGAGAAGCAGGGAGUCAUCUGUGAAGCUCUUCUAAUUUCUCAGAACAACACUCCAAUCUUCUACUCUGUCUUCAGGGAGUUGGAUGCGGGGUGCAAGGGCUAUUCUAUGAUAGUUGCCCAUUCUCUGAAGCAGAAGCUGGUGAACACAGGUGGCUACACUGGGAGACUAUGCAUCACUCCUUUGGUCCUCCUGCUCAAUCCUGAUAGGACAGCACAGACUCAUUAUGGCUCGGAUUUGCAAAUUUACCCCGAGUCCUAUAAUCUUACAACCACCCAGGACAUGGAAGCUCUGUUACAGUCCCUGGUGAUAGUCUUAUUUGGGUGUAGAUCCUUCUUAAGUGAGGAUCUGGGCUCUGAGGUUUUGCACCUACUCACAGAUAAACAGUAUGAGUUGCUUUCAAAGAACCUUCACAGGACUAGACAGCUGUUUGUUCAUGGCUUGCCUGGAUCGGGGAAGACCAUCCUGGCUCUUAAAAUAAUACAGAAGAUCAGGAAUGUGUUUCAUUGUCAACCAGAUCACAUUCUCUACAUCUGUGAGAACGAGCCCCUAAAGAAGUUUGUAAGCAUGAAAAACAUCUGCCAGGCAGUGACCCGGAAAACCUUCAUGAAAAAUGUCUUUAAAGAUACUCAACACGUCAUCAUCGAUGAAGCUCAGAAUUUCCGCAGUGAAGAUGGGGACUGGUACGAGAAGGCAAAAACCAUCACUCAGAGAGCUAAGGAUUGCCCAGGAAUUCUCUGGAUCUUUCUGGACUAUUUCCAGACCAGCCACAUGUAUUGCAGUGGCCUCCCUCCUCUCUCAUACCAGAACCCAAGAGAAGAGCUCACCAGAGUAUUCCGCAGUGCAGAUCCAAUAGCCAACUACAUGCAACAGGUAAUGCAGCAGAUCAGAAACAAGUAUCCACCCAACCUCCCCACUAGGUCCCUACAGAUGCUCCAUGAACCUGAAUGGCCUCAGGGUAUACCAGGCAACUUUGACAUUAUUAGAAACCUGGACUUGGAGAGUAUGGUGAAGUAUGUGGCAGAUAAGUGCCAUUUUUUCUUCAGGAAUGGUUAUUCUCCCAGAGAUAUUGCUGUGCUUUUAAGCAACAGAAGCGAAGUGGAAAAAUGUAAAAAUAAGCUACUAGUAGCAAUGAGGAAGAGAAGAACUUUUCAGCUCAACCAGGAGGCCCAUCUGUUAGUACAGAUCAAGGACGCAUCAGAUAUUUUGACUAAUCAUGUUGUAUUGGACAGUGUCCGUCGAUUCUCUGGCCUAGAAAGAAACAUUGUGUUUGGAGUCAAUCCAGGGGCUGCUGAAACAGCUAUUUCCCACAAUCUUCUGCUCUGUCUGUCUUCCAGGGCAAGGAAACAUCUGUAUAUUCUGUAUGUUUCUAUCUGACGGAAAACCCCAGUCAAAGAAACAAUUAAGUAGCUCUCACCUCUAGUCAAUUGUGAAACUAUCUGAUCUAAACAUUUAAGCAUCAAAUAUUUAAUGAGCAUUUACUCACUAAGCCAUAUACUCUUCCAGGUGCUGGGGAUUGAGGAUGAGUGACAAACAAGACAUCAGAGUCCUCCUUUGGGGCAGAGGCAGAACACAGACAAGUAAACAAAUACAAAGAAUUUCCGGUAGUA